AUGUCUAGUACGGACGACUCGUCACCAGGGAGUUCAUCAUCGGCUGAGACACCAGCCUUUCAGGAGAGCCCCGGGGACCUUGACAGUCCUGUGGAGGAGGACUCAGUCGCGGUGUACUGUUGGGGUGACAACUGGUGCGGUCAGUGUCUUACGGAAAACGAGGAAGGCAAGAGCGUUGUGGAAAGGCCCCAGAGGGUUUGUGAGCUGGACCGGCGGCAUCCGAAAUCACUAUGCGUAGGGCCAGAGUCCACACUGGUGGUCAGUGAGUCGGGGAGAAUUUACGGAGGAGGUCUCAAUGAGAAGGGCUAUAUAACAGGCCCUGAUGGAGACGAUUCCGAGAGUUUGUUCAAGCCGAGGCUAGUAGCAUAUCAGGAACUGGAGCAGAGCUUCGUUACUGCUGUUAACUGUGGAGAUCAUCAUACUGUAGCGCUGACCAGCAACAACCUCGCUAUAGGCUGGGGCAGGGACAAUGAGUUUGGCCAGGUCGGCCAUGGUCAGCCAUCGAUCAAGCCGAUGCCGCCUAGAAUGAUGGUGACACCGCAGGAGGUGUGCCAAGUGGCAUGUGGUGGUGAUUUCACUCUGUUGCUGCUUGAGACUGGAGAAGUGUAUGGCACAGGGAACAACUCUGUUGGGCAGCUAGGUACUGGUAACACUGAGGAGAUAACCACACCGAAGCCUGUGUUGAACUGUGGUCAGACCUAUGGAGUGCCGAUACGCCAGAUUUCAGCUGGUGAUGCACAUGCGUGCGCAAUAUCGAUCUCUGGAGUCCUGUUCACAUGGGGCUCCAACCGCAAGGGUCAGCUUGGUCGAGAAAAUGCUGGUCAUCGCGAAGUGCUGCCAGGACCUGUUAGUUGCCUGCCACCAACCAAGGCCGUCCAGAUGGCCUCAUGUGGAGCGCAGCAUACGGCAGCAGUAGUCCAGGGCGGCCAGGUCUAUCUCUGGGGAGACAACGCUUUUGGCCAGUGUGGGGUUGAUGCUGUUGAGGAACCGAUUCUGCCGAUACCCAUUAAUCUCCAGUCGAAAGAGGUGUGGAGGACAGUCGCUUGCGGUGGGCACCAUACGCUCUUCUUGGACGUCAAUGGGCAGUUGUUCGGCUGUGGCAGUAACGAGGACGGGCAGCUUGGAACGGGAUUCCCGGGACGUUCGUCUGAGCUGAGGCCAACGCUGAUGCCCAGGAGUUUGGCUGUGUUCUCUGUCGCAGCAGGCCGGAGCCAUUCAGCGGUGCUCGCUAUCAAGUCGGCAGAACGGCCAAUGGUCCCACGAGUGAGGACCUCUGCACCGAAAGCCUUGGGUGCCGCUGAGCUGUUCAAGGCGCGCUCGAUGGCCUUCCCAAGGGCGGGGAGGGAGGGAGCACCAGCACGUCCAGCGACUGUUGAUCCUGGAGAUGGCAGUGCCCUUCGGAAGCAACGACGUAUGAUAUCCACUCCUGUUGAAGGUGUGGCCCCCCUCGAGCCCUCUGAUGACUCUGGGCUAUUAAAACGAGCUGAUCCCUCUGAGCGCCAUGCUGGGCAUAAGCGGGAGACGUCACAGAAGUCGGCUACCGUCAGCGAGGCCACCUCGAUGAUGUCCGAUGCCUCGGGUGUGAGCGUUUCCCAUAACUUGCCGAGGACCAUCAGCGGCGGUAGCAAGGACUACUUGGCUCAAAAGGCUGGCGGCCGGAUAUCAUUAACCCGGUCUUCUCGACAUGGUGUGAUACACGCUAUGCUCCGUCAAGUGGUCACACCUGGGGUUGGUUCUACCUCCUUUGCGGCCCUUUCGGCCGAGUCACUGCUGCGUAUGGUCCACACCUUCUCAAGAAGCACUGGCAGCAGUAUGUCUGAUGACUUCGUAACGAGUGUGGCCAACGACCUCAAGCGGUCACUCUUGGCGAUAUUUCGGACGCAAGAUGGCAUCCAAAUGCUUAACUCGAGUCUACUCUAUCCCGGACACCGACGAUCAGUGCUGGAUACUCAAACGGCGUAUGCCUGUUUCACAGAACUCUGGGGGAGCCAGGCUUUCCAGGAGAGCAACUUCGAGCAGGAGCUAGCAGUGGUGGUGCGAGACUCUCUGCGCGAUAUGAGCGGCAAGAGCCUGGAGACCGCGGACCAAUUACGAGGGAUACUCACCGUCAUGCUCCUCCCGUUGAUGGAUCGACCAGCUGGGAUUUGGUGUCGGCAGAGGAUGGGGGAGUUGAUCUCCUGCCUGUCUCCAAAGGGCAAACUGGCUCUGGUUGACUUGAUCGCUACCGAAUGCCCACAGCACUACAUACUCAGCGAUUGCCUCAUGAAGACGUGGCUGAACCAAGCUAAUGCGCUGGCCAAUGAAGUCCAUAACCUGGGGGGCGGCAAGGUGGCUGUUCUUAGUCAAGCCAUGAUCGUUUUAACUGUUAUAAUCAGCGCUGCAGAAAAAGUGGGUCUACCUGGGGCUGAAGAGAUUGCGGUCACUGGGCUGGCUGAAGCCGUACCGCCCGAUGUCGAGUUCAUGAUGUAUUCCCAGACAUGGGCUAAAGAGUAUCUCAAACCUGAUCCUAAUGGGGGACGUCCUAUCGGGCGGUUGCCGAGUAAGUUAGAGGUGCUAGCUAAACCUGAGUGUGUUGGCCCUAAUACGACUACUGUCACGGAGUAUAUGGCUUCGAUGCUGGGCUAUGGGUCAUUGGUACCUUUGGGUUUCAAGAACAAGGUCUUGCAAGUUGAGAAUGUGUUGCGGCAAGUGAAGCACAACCAGGAGCAUCUACAGGCUCAUCCGGGAAUCAUGGUCGAUGCCUUUAUGAGAGGCGUGCGGCCGAAGACUGUCCUACAAGUGCAAGUUCGACGAGAUCAUAUAAUCCAAGAUGCCCUUCGUGUUGUAGCAGAGACUGAUGACCAGCAGUUGAAGUUCCCGAUGAUGGUCAAGUUCGAGGGAGAAGACGGGGUUGACGAAGGCGGAGUACAACGAGAGUUCUUCGACAUACUCUGCAAGCAGUUGUUNNNNUGUAGAUAUGGCAUGUUUGAGUACCUCCCUGAGGCUCGAGUGACGUGGAUCAACUCCAACUCCGUGGAGAGCCCGGAGAAUUUCCAGCACGUUGGCACUCUCAUAGGCCUGCUUGUAUACAAUAACCUUCCUGGGCUUGGGGUACCCUUUCCUCGCGUUCUGUUUAAAAGGCUAUUGCAAGGCUCAUCAGCUGAGCUUACUGUUGAAGACUUGGAAGAGGUCUUCCCUGAGGAAAGUCACAGUCUUCAGCACCUCCUUGACUACGAGCCGAAGGAUCCCCAGCACUCUGACGAGGAAGUGAAGGACGUCUUCUGUAUUUCCUUCAACGUGUCUUACGACUACUACGGAGAAAGCCGGAAUCACGACUUGAUACCUGACGGCGCAAACGUGCCGGUCACUUAUUCGAACCGUGAGCAGUUUGUCAAGGAGUAUGUUCAAUGGAAGUUGGUCGACAGCAUUAAGGCUCACUAUGAUCCCUUCGAGAAAGGCUUUUAUAGGGUCUUAGGCGAUUCCCUCACCCUCUGUACGCUAACUCCUCUCGAUCUCCACGCUAUUCUGUGUGGAGAGCAGAAGCUCGACUUUGAUGCGUUGCGGAAGUCAGCCCGAUACGAGGGGGCUCCUUUCAAGGAGGAUUAUCCGUAUAUACAGGCCUUCUGGAAGAUCGUGUCCGACUUCAAUGAUACUCAGAAACGGCAGUUCUUAAAGUUCUUCACUGGGAGUGAUCGUGUUCCAUUGGGAGGGUUAGGCGCGAUAAAGAUGGUUGUACAAAAGAACGGCGGUGAGCCAACAGAUCGCCUCCCUACGGCCUACACAUGCUACGACGUCUUACUGUUACCAGAGUAUUCCAACGCCGAGAAGUUGAAGGCGAUGCUUCUCGCUGCCAUCGAGAACAGCGAAGGCUUUGGCUUACAGUGAAUCGAGCAUCGUUGAAUAUUACGAACAGUAUACAUUUUAUACACACACUGUAUCUUCCUCAAUAAUGGUAACUAUUCGAUUGCUUC